UCAAGGUCACUUUUUUGUUCGAAGGUCGUUUCGGUUUGGGCCGCUAUUCUUUAGAGUCACCCUAAUUUUCGAAUGAAACAACAGGUUUUAUUAAAAGAAAAUGGAUUAUGUGAGACUCAACUAUCUGAACGUUUUUAAAUAAUUGAUAUCAUCCAUUGGGUUGUAUGACUCCAUUGGACACAUUGAGAACUUGUGACCUCUUCAAGUUGACCUUUAAAGACUCAAACCAAUGCUGGUUUCAUGCAUCUUGCUGGAUUCUGGGCGUAAUGAUAGGUGACAACAUUGGAUUAUAAACCUCCCUAUGCUGCAAAAUAUAAGCCCAUUAAGACUGUUGCUCUCACUGAUAAUAUUGUGUAUAAACUUUUGGCCGUUGCAGUUGUCACUUCAGUCCUCAUUACCACAAAGAGAAAACGUCACUUAUCAGUUCCAUGCUGGUGCAGACAUCCAUUUGAAAUGCGGGGAAGACUUGCACUUAGAGCCUACACUUGUGAUUUGGCGGGAUCCGCUCAAUAAAACUACUUCUAAACCAACUUUAAUGCUAAUGAAUGUCACAGUUGCACAGUCCGGUGAAUACUACUGCCAGCUAUACCGUAAUAAAGACAUGGUAUUUCAUCAGUCGACUUUUGUUCUGAUACAAGGUAAACCAUCUCACCCCAUUUCAAUACAUGCACAGGCGUUAUCGGAAAGUUCAUUAAAUGUUUCUUGGACUGCUGGAGCCAAUCAAAACAGUCCUAUCUCACUCCAUUCUGUUUACCUCCACGAUGAGAAUGGUUUGGUGUUACAGAAGAACGUUUCGUUUCCACUAUCUGGUACAACACUUCAUAAUUUAAAACCAUAUACUUGCUAUACUUUGUUUGUCCGUGCUUUGAACGAUGUUGGCUGGAGUGACUUCAGUAAUCCCGAACAUUUAUUAACUCUUCCUGGUUUGCCUGUUGCACACCCAACAGUCCAUGUGAUCAAUGUGUCGAGUCAUUCCAUUUUCAUAGGCGUUGAAAACACAAAUCUUAAAGGAGUGAAACCGGAUAAUGCCAAAAGAUGUUCAAACCAGGAUACUCGAUUCGCAACGUCUCUUCUUGGUCCUUUAACAGCCUAUGUUGUCACAGUUGCCACUAUGCAGCCCUAUAAACUUAUUUCAAAGGGGCAGCAUCAUGCAUCUACAUCUUAUCCACAGGUUUUAGUCAUAUCACCUCUGAAUCCAUUCACACGAUACAAUCUAUCUUUCGCUAUUUACAAUGGUCGUUUUGUGGGUCCGUCUUCUUCACUUGUCGUUUCAACAACAGAAGGAAUUCCAGAAAAACCCAAAAUAAUCAAUUCAAAGAGUUCAUCAAAUUCAGUGAUGAUCAGCUGGGAGAAUGAAACUGUUACUGUUGGAAAAAUAAUUGCUUAUAAAGUAGAGCUACAUACAUGUCCUGGGAAUGACACUGUGAUAUCAAAGAGGUUGAAAGCUGUUCAGCUGAAUGCAACAUCUCAACACUUUGCAUUUGAAAAUCUGGAUCCCAGCACAUGUUAUGCUGUUCGCUUGGCGUCUGCUACAAAAGCCGGGUUCAGCAAUUUCAGCGAAAUUGAAGUUCAAACAGAAUCAAAAGCUCCAUCACCACCUUUUGUUGUGGGCGCUUCUUUUUUGGAAACAAACGAGAUUCUGGUCAACUGGACAUGUACAAACGAAUGCUCGUUGGUUUUAAAAAAACCAAGAUUUUCAGUGUGCUGGUAUUUUCACUCAUUUCCUUCUGAAAAAAAGUGUCUACCCACUCAAACAUCAAAUAAAAUGAAAUCAGCCUACUGUUAUUGUGAUGAACAAGAAAAAUUCCAAUGGACGAUUUUUCCAUCUUCCUCUAUUUUUGAUGAAGCAAAAUCUGGUCGAAUAAUUUUCACUGUUCGCUCAAGUAUUCCAAGAAUGAAUUGUGCUGAUUACCAACAAGACUGUGAAAUUCAAAGUGAUGACUCCAAUAUUGUAAUUUUAGAUCUUUUAUCUUCCCCGUCACAUCGACGUCUUCAGACUACACGAAAGUAUGAUUUUAAUGUUACAAUCGGUGCAAUAGUAUCCUUUACACUGCUGAUUUUCUUCUGUGUCAUAAUUGCAGCUUGUUUUGCCAAUCGAGUGCAUUGUUUCACUGUCAUGUGUCUGACAGGGGCUUCGUGUUAUCGUAAAGCAGAUGUACCAGCUAAAUAUCGUCGAGUGACACCAUUUCGUUUGAGUAAAACUAAUCAUAAGGCAAUUUCAAGCGCAGAUUUUCGUGACCACGUCAACGCUUGUCAUGCUGAUGAUGAUGCUGGAUUUCAAGCUGAAUUUGAAUCGUUGGAGCAGAAUGUUCAAAAUGAUUGGCCAACAUCUGUUGCUCGAUCCCCAGAGAAUAUUGCAAAAAAUCGAUAUUCCAACAUUUUGGCUUAUGACCACUCAAGAGUUGUUCUCAAAGAAACCGGAACAAAAAGUGAUUAUAUUAAUGCAAACUAUGUGGAUGGUUAUCAUCGUCGAGCAGCAUACAUAGCUGCACAAGGCCCUAUUCCAUCAACUUUUGAUGAUUUUUGGUUGAUGGUAUGGGAGCAAAUGUCCAAUGUAAUUGUUAUGAUAUCUAAUUUUGUUGAACGUGGUCGGCGAAAAUGUGAUAAAUAUUGGCCUAGUUCAGGUCAACAAACCUAUGGGAAUAUAUCAGUUCGUAUUGUUUCCGAGGUUGUACGAGCAUUCUACACCUUCCGGGUGUUCUCUAUCCGUAAUAUCAAAGCUAAACGUAGUUCUAAAGAUCGUUUUGUCUAUCAUUAUCAGUAUACAGAUUGGAGAGAUUUUGAUGUACCACCAUCUCCACUUCCAGUAUUGAAAUUUGUAGAAGCUUCUAUUACUCACUGGACAUUAGAAAAGGGUCCAAUUGUGGUGCAUUGCAGCGCUGGUGUUGGUCGAACUGGUACUUACAUCUGUAUUGAAAGUUUAAUACGUCAGCUUAAAGUGGAACAGGCUGUUUCUGUUCGUGGAUUUUUGGAGCAUAUACGCCAACAACGCAUGAAACUUGUACAGACAGAACAACAAUAUGCUUUUAUUCAUGAUGCAUUAUGCGAAUAUAUACUAUAUCCGUGUCAUUCAAUUCAUCCGCUACACUUCAGUGAUUAUGUGAGACAUUUAUAUGAAUUAGAUCAUGCAGGUGUAUCGAACUUAAAGAAACAAUUUGAUAUGUGUAUGGAUUUCGGAUACAACUCCAUUGGCGGCAUUACGAACUCGGGUAAUUCAAUUGUGGAUCAAAUGAAAUUGCCUAUAUCUACAGCUCUUUCUGAUAGUUUAGGCAUUGAUUUUUCUAUUCUUCAUGGAUUCCUAAAUGUCUGUGAGUAUAUUGUUAUUCGGCAUCCAUUAGGCAAUAAUAUUACUGACUUUUGGAAAAAAGUAUGGGAUGCUAAUUCAUCGUUGAUUGUAUGUCUGUCCGAUGAAAGUUUAACACCAUUUUGGCCAGAUGAAAUUGAACAGACAAGAACUAUUGGCUGGUUACACAUAAAUUUUACCCGUAAGGAACAAUGUAGUGAUUCUUUGGUACGCUUCCAAUUCUUACUAACAUCUGAUCGAGAGGAUUAUGCCCUACCUUUUACACUAUGGCAGUUUAAUAGAUGGCCAUCUGUUGAAUUGGAAAAUCCACAAGAAUCAAGAAUUGCUUCCGAGUUACUUGAAUUGGCAACGCAUUUAACACAGGAUAAUUUGAAAUUUCCAAGUUCAUCUGCGCCUGUCGUCCUAGUAGAUGAAACUGGUGGUUAUCGAGUGGGUACAUUCUGUGCAAUUCGUAUUCUAAUCAGUCAAUUUAUGGAUGAUUUCCUUCUCGAUGUCUAUUUUGUUUUUAAGAUGUUAUGUCUUCAACGACCUCAUAUAUUUCGAGGUUACUGGGAUUUAGAAUUCAUUUAUACACUGAUGCAAUACUACUUAAAAAAUGAACUAUCCUCUGCAUGGUGUUCUAACAUAACAACAACAGAUCCACGUUAUGGAACUUUAUCGUAUUUACUUGAAGGACGUAAUACUACCGCUAAUAAUAAUCACCCAAGCAGUAGAAUGUCACCAGCUGCUGUUGGUGGCGGUGGUACUGGUGGUACUGAAAACACUUCACCUAAACGUAUCCUGGGACAAUUUUUCUCUAAUCGUCGUAGAUUUACACAUUCAUCAAAGUGUAAAUAUCAUUGUCUCAUCAACAACGAUAAUAAUAAUAAUAGUAAUAAUAAUAAUAUCCCAUUAUUACUUAAUGGAAGUAUUAAAUACCAUCAUCAAAUCAAUAAAACGACUAUCAAUUCACUUUUACAUGACAAUAAUGAAGAUGAGUGCAAUAUUAAUAGUAGUCAUAAUAUUACUAACAGUAUUGAUGAUUCCUUGAGUGAUACAUAUCAUCAUUGUGAAGAACCACUUGUUGUAGACAAACAUUACAACAACAACAGCAACAAUAGGAUAAUAGAACCACCAUCAUAUUUUGAUGGUAUUCAAUCAAGAAAAAAGCAUCAAUCUGUUGAAUUUCUUUCAUUCCAAUUAAAUCAUCAUCCUACUCCAUAUAUUCCAAAACAGGUUCCUAAUAAUAAUCAUCAUCAUCAUUAUCAUGCUGAAUAUCCUACUCUGUGAUCUUUGUUUUUGUUCAAUACCAAUGUGUGCGUGUAUUGUACUGCUUCAAAAUGAGCGCCGUAAAACGAAAGAAACAUUUUCUUCUCUUUUUUUAUAUAUGGUCUUAUUUAAUAUCAGUUUAAUACUUUUGAACAAUUUUAUUAGGUUAUUUAAAAAAUAAUAAUAAUAUGCAUCUUUUUCCUUUCAUUCAUUCAUUAUUAUGCAUAUAUAUACAGAGACUAUAGUAUCUUAUAAGGUAUGUAAAAAAUUCAGUUGGAUGGUGGUGGCUGGAGGGGAGGGGAAUCUCAUUUUUUUUCCACCCUUCCGUGUGUACUACUAACACUCAUGUUGUGAGUUUAUAAACUCACGAAUCAGCAUUUCAUUAUUGUUAUCUUGAACUUGCUUGUUUUUUUUUACUAUAGUUUAUCUUAUUUUUUGUAAAAUGUUUUGCUUCUUCUUAAAUGUUGCUUGUUUUCAGUUUUUCCCGCCCCCCGCCUCUGUCUUAUAGAUACAAGAACCAAACAUGUGAACUGUUACCAUCAUUGCAAUUUUGCCUAGUACUUUGUAUGUAUGUAUGUGUGCGUGCGUGUGUUAUUCAUUGCUUGUAGUUCUUUAUAAUUUUAUUCAUUUUUAUUCCCGAGAGGAAUGUAGAUAGCUUCAAGCUUUGUAAGCUUUGAAGUCUCACUAGUUGCUGUGUUAUUUAUUCUCCUUCUUUUCGACGGGGUGAGGUUACUAGCCUCAUGCCUCCUCCCAACCCUUCCCUCUUUACCGGACUUACCUAUCGAUCAAGUGAGGUGUUUUAAGGUGUGCGUCACAUCCGAUGACCGAUUGACUGACUGAGUGAACAGACAACAAGACUUGCCUUGUAGCCUAAAGAUCUUGGAUUCGAUCUCUGGUGGGGAUAUGAAGAUGGGGGUGGUGGUGGUGAUGAGUACUUGUAACUUCUUAAUCUAUACAUAUUAAUAUAUUUUGUCUUUUGUACGUGUGUGCACGUUUAGGUGCAUCAGUACUACUAAUACCUACUGCUACUAGGAAUCUCGAAUUCAUUAGGCGUCGUCCAGUAUAACAAAUCGUGUUUCGGCUUGAUGAAUUAUCCCGGUAUUUUAUAAUGUAUUAUUACCAUUAUUAUUAUUAUUAUUAUUAUUAUUAU